UUUUAAGUAUUAAACUGACACUUAUCUGAGCCGAGUCUUAUCCUAAGGUAGCCCAAAGCAAAGGCGUUUGAUGUCGAAUACUGGAUUUUAACUAAACAAGGGGAUACGUACAGAGAAUAUAUCUUAUCAUCAAGCCAAGAAGUGUCUAAAGUGUGAGAAAAACCCUAGCAAAGUGUAAAAGAAUGUAGAUUAAUUCGCGUAAAUUCUCGAGAGAAUCAUUAUAGGGAGUUGCCGAUGUAAGAAGCAACACUUAAACUGAAAAUGUAAACAUUGAGCUUCUUCUUCCAUCUCUCCGCAUCGACUCCCGGUCACCGCCGUUUCCAAGGAUUGCUAUGUCGUGAAUUGCGUCAUAUUCGGGCGAAAAAAGGACCAGACAUGAAUUUCAGAAGAGGUGCAGACAUAUUCUCGCGUGGAGCGAGGUGGAGGACGUCGAAGUCGCGAGCUCCAAGGUUCUUUUUGGGUCUAAAACCGAGUGACAUGAGGUUCCGGUUCGUCAACACUUGGUCUCCUCUGGCUUCGGCCUUCAACACUAAACCCAAUAAGCUUUUGAGUCUGCAGUUUGCCAAGGAUGUUACGGGUUUGUUUGGUGUACCUGAACUGAGAGAGCCAGAGGGCUUUUACCUGUUAAAAGAAAAUGCCAUUCACGAGACCCACUACUUGGUGGCCGAGUGCUGUUCUCCAAGUAGGUCCAGGAAAAUGGUGGAGGUAUUUGACCACCUGUCUGACACACUGUGCCGUGUUGCUGAUUUAGCAGAGUUCAUCCGCAUGGCUCACCCCCAGGCACGAUACUCGCAUGCCGCAGAAGAUGCCUGCAUUGCGAUUGGUGGACUUGUGGAACAGCUAAAUACGCACAGACAACUGUAUGAUGCAUUAUUGGAUGUUGUUAAAAAUGGUGACAAGUUUCCUACCUCUGAUGUGGAUAAACACGUAGGAAAGCUCUUCCUUUUUGAUUUUGAACAGUCUGGAAUCCACCUCGAUGAAUCAAAGAGAAGAAGAGUCGUCAGUUUAAAUGAGUCCAUCCUAACUUUGGGACAGCAUUUUAUGAAUGGAACCUUGCAGCCAAGGGCAAUCCCCAAGAGCAAUCUUCCAGAAAAUAUAAGACAGCAGUUUGCUCUAGACGGAGAUAACAUCGUUGUAACGGGGUUGUACGCAGAUGCACAUAUGGAGAUCACGAGGGAAGCUGCUUACAAAAUCUUCUUGUACCCUGAUCGUCAUCAGGAAUCACUCCUGACCGAGUUGUUAUGUGGAAGACAUGAAAUGGCCACCACCUGUGGUUUCCCCUCGUAUGCACACAGAGCCGUAAAAGGGAGUCUGGCUGAAACGCCAGAAUUAGUACAGAAUUUCUUGAAUCUUUUGUCCCAGGAAGUACGACCCAGAGCAGAAGAGGAUUUUGCAGAGAUGUUCGUCAUGAAGAAAACACAGAAUAAAUAUUCAAAGAGUCUGGCACCUUGGGACGUCCCUUACUUCACAGGACAAGCACGGCAGAAUAAGUUCAACUUAAACACCUCCGAACUGUCGCCAUAUUUGUCCUUGGGUGCUGUCAUGGAUGGCUUGAAUCGUCUCUUGUUUAGUCUUUAUGAUGUUAUAUUAGAAGUGGAAGAGCCUAAGAAUGGUGAAUUGUGGGCGAGUGAUGUAUACAAAGUGGCAGUAAAGCAUAGCACUGAAGGAUUGCUGGGUUACAUAUACUGUGAUUUUUAUGAAAGGCCAGGAAAAGCUCACCAAGACUGUCAUUUCACUAUCAGAGGAGGAAAACUUCUUCCCGAUGGAACUUACCAGGAUCCUGUUGUAGUGUUGCACUUAAACUUACCAGCUCCAUCUUGGUCCAGCCCUUCUCUUCUAACUCCUGGAAUGGUUGAGAAUCUUUUCCACGAAAUGGGACAUGCCCUUCACUCUAUGUUGGCCAGGACACAGUACCAGCACGUCACUGGAACCAGGUGCAGCACGGAUUUUGCAGAGGUUCCAUCCAUCCUGAUGGAGUUCUUUGCCAUGGACACGAGGGUACUUAGCACAUUUGCACGCCACUACAAGACUGGCGAACCAAUCCCUGAUGAGCUGCUGGAACGACUCGUAGGAUCCAAGUCUAUAUUUGGUGCUUCAGAGAUGCAGUUGCAAACAUUUUACUCCAUCCUCGAUCAAAGAUAUCACGAUACCGAGGAAUGGCCGAGGACCAAGAGCACUACAGAGAUUUUGCAAGAAGUCCAGACAGAGUCAUAUAGUCUGCCAUAUGUAACAAAUACAGCUUGGCAACUAAGGUUUGGUCAUCUUGUUGGAUACGGUGCAAAAUAUUAUGCAUACCUUGUCUCUCGUGCUGUGGCCUCUUGGAUAUGGCAGAAAUAUUUUGCCAAUGACCCAUUUAGUAGAGAAAUGGGUGAAAAGUACAGAAGAGAAGUACUUGCACAUGGAGGAGGGAAGCCGCCUCUCGCCAUGGUUGGAGAAUUUCUAGGCCGAGAAGUCAGUGCGGAGGCCAUGGUGGAAGCUUUAAUGACGGACCUAGACUUGAAGAAACAGAAGGUCGAAAGUGUAUUGAAGCACUAGUUUUUAUUCUCUAUUUAUAUCAAUUUGAUCCUCUGAAGAUUUUAUCUCAAAAGUGCUGUAGCAUCGUUUUAAA